GAUGAACAUCGAGGUGGGGAACAUUUCUUAUACAGGAGCCAUCAUCUCCUGGUCGUCCUCGGAGCCCUGCCUGGAGGACUAUUACCAUAUUAUGUAUAGGCCCAACUGGAACAGCAUCUUCUCUGGCUAUCUUCGCUACAGCUUCCACCACGAGGAGAAGGUGCCUCGAACGAUCAGCUCCGUAGUGCUCGAACAUCUCGCCCCUUCCACUCUCUACUUCCUGUGCAUCAGCUGUAAGAAGGCUGCCUUCCCUUACAGGCACUACUGCACCAUGUUCCACACCCUGGAUAAGAGUCCGCUGGCUCCUGGAAGCUCCCUGGUAGACCCCCAAAUCUCCCUUUGGGUGCUGAUGGCCAUUCUGCUGGCUUGCUUCACAGCUGUCUUGGCUUUCAUCUGCCUCCAGUUCUGGUGUGUCCGCUGCCAUGAGCCGCGAUGGUCUUACAGGGCUGGCCACAUGGAGGAGGCCAAUGGGUUGGUAAGAUGGCCAGAGGAGGCCCCGGAUCUUGGUCAGAGGGAGGAAGACCUGCAGGGGCUCCCCCUGGUGGAAGUGCCACGCAAGAACUCCAGAGAUGAAGCUGAACUGAAUCCUGAAGCCAACCAGGAUGCCCCUGAUGCGGAUGCCUUACAGAGGAGGGGUGGUGACCAACCCGCCAUACUGCCUCAUUGUGGGGAAUGAGUGUGGCGAGGAGACAGCCCGCAUCAUGUAGCCUAAAGCUUUCCAUACAGUAGGUCUUUUGUACAAACGUGUCUAUAGGCAACCCAUUUCUCUCCCAUCAAAUGUCAUUGCUAUUUUGGGUCCCCUGGGUUGGAUGAAUGCCCCAUGACAAAGCUUCUCAAGCUGGAAAAUGUAUCCCCCAGGGUAUGUCCCCCAGGGUAUGCCAAGGCACAAACAGGGUAUCUCUGCAGCAGUGUCCACUCGGAGGACACAGUUAAGAAUUGAAAUCUUUGUUUUAACAUUAAAACAAACAUGGAUAUGUUAUAAAGUAGAAAGCAAAAAUUUGCAUGACUUAAAUAAAACAGCACUUGAAGGAAAUGUUUGAGUUGCAAGUACACUCUAAGAGGUACACUUUUGGGCAAAGGUGGAUGUCUGGUUUCCUCUGCCCUUGAGGGGAUUACUUGGAAAAGUGUGAGAACUCUUGCUCUGGAGUGUUUUCCAACUUUUAGGCAAUCACACACCACCUGUCUCUAUUUUUUUAAAUCAUGGAUUAUCUUUACUAUUAUAAUACUUUUUCUCUCUUUAAAUUGACUCCUUUUUUAGGUGUAAACUUAUUUUCAAAGACAGCCUUAUUUUACUCCAUAAGUGAAAAGCCAGCACCCUCCUGCUACAAACAGAAGGGAAGAGACAUAAGAAUAAACAUCAUGAAAACAAGAUAAUAUUAAAUCUGACUUAGCUUCUAUUGCCUGCCAGUGACUCUGAGCUUAAUGUAACCUGCUUGCUUGUCUUUGAUAAAAAGGGAGAUCCAGUGUUGGAGAGGUAAUAAAGACAUAUUAGCACCAAUAUUUGUCUUUCUCCUUGAUAUAGCAUAAGGUUUGAAAGAGAAUCAAAAAGGAAAGUGCUGUUUUUACUUUAUGAGUCAGUGUUAGUUAAAUGCCAUGUCUGUGAACCACCUCAAAUGCUGUCAGUCAGCUUCCCUUGAUUUGAGAAAAUUGUCUUGACCAGACUAGGCGGGCUGCUCUGGAGAAGAUGCCUGCACUCUCCAAGCAUCAUCCUAAGACCUUCCCAGUGCCCUCUUAUAUCUACAGAGCACAAAAUCCCAGAAUCACAGGACGACACUGCAGUGAAUCAACUGAAAAACAGCAGGAGCUGAGAAGCCAAGACGAGAAGCCCCACAUCCCUAUUCCCUUGCCUACCUCAUGCAUUCCCUGCUCAGCACCCAGUUGUGGAGGUCUGCUUUUGCCCCCAUCCCUGCUACUUGUGAACAAAUAAAGAUUCAUAUACUCA